CCCCACUGCUUAAUCCGUCAGCGCGUCGACAUUUGAUACCUACUAUCAGGUAUGCUGCAUUCGUGAUACAUUACAACAGAACAUGGAGCGCAGAAAGUCCGCACUUACGCCUGAAAAUUACACCCGAGCAAUUAUCUCGCUCUCGAGAAGAUUUUCGGGCACCUCAGUCUUUCCGGGGAAUAAUUAUAUCGACAUUAGAGAAUGGAUGCUACAAGACCGUACUCUUCUCCGUUCAGCAAAAUUGGAAGAAGAUUCCACUCUCUUCGCUUCCAAGUCUGAACGGCCUCACGACUUAGUUGUGGUAUACAAUAGCAGGGAAAGGAAGUGGGAUGUACAACAAUAUCGUCAAGAGCAACAUAAAGCCUUCUCAGCUACCACUGUUCCAGCAGGAGACUCCGGCCAAAUAGUAUUUAUUCGCGGAUUCAUAUCACCAUCGUGGGUGUCUGUGAUUGGAAGCAAAUAUGACAUCGACCCGGAAUUCUUCAGGCGACACAUGGAUUAUCUUUCUGCCAGCGUUGAACGACAUUCCUAUAGUUUCCCAUCGCUUGCCAGUUCCUCGAAUAACAUAGUUAGACUCUGUGUUAGCACUCUUCUUCAUCGCGAUGAUUUCGGCGGACAGGAUCUCCAGUCUCAACGGUCACAUCAAACCACUGAGCUCACAACAUACAAGAUACAACAGCUUGGAUCUACUAAAGUCAGCUGCGGAGACUCCGUGGUACGCGAUUACUCUACUGUUUGCUCAUCUUUCUCCGUGAUUGAACAGUGGAUCUCGCUCUAUAUCACGAAAAGAAAUGGAAGCUGGGCUGUAAUUGCCUGGAUGGACCACGGUAGACCCUUGGAAAAAUCUCCCCCGGGACCGUGGACAAGUCACAUCGAAUCUAUGGCUACACCACUACCCAUCCUCCAACAUCAUCCCAGAAUGGCAUUUCGGACCACAAACAAUCGUCUAGAUCCAGAUGCGAAUGCUUCGGCAGAAAUUCAGCAAAGCACAGCCAUCCUUCCCUUGCAGUAUGAUUCAUUGAUCGCGCUUGUUGGUAUGGCUCGUCGCGCGCCUCAAGAUCCGCUUUCCAUGUGCAUCCCGUUAUUUGCGCAUGCAGCAUUCUCCGAAGUUCAGUUCUUGAACCUCAUGGAGACUAGAAUCCAAAUAAAGAUAAACACCAUAUCCGAAGGAAUUCCAGCUGACGCGUUGGAAACUCUUCAAUACUUCUCUAACAUUCUCAACCGACAUGCCCAGCAGCUUAAAGAUAGUACUCGUGCACUCUGCAAGUUGGCAGAGCGAAGCGGCGAAGGAUUUAAUAGAGCCAAAGCAGAAGGCUCGAUGCCAGAAAGUGCUGUGCUGUUGGGUCUCGACAUGGGCACGUACCGGCAGUUCUUAGAGACUGAAACGGUCAGAAACGUUGGAUCCAGUAGUUCUGACGGUGCUUUUACAACAAAAGGCCUUCUGGAAGACUAUGAGCAACUCUAUGUUCGUUGUAUCGAUUUGUCAAAAAGGUGCACUCAGGGAAUAACUCUCGCAAUGAACAAAGCCACGAUUGAGGAAUCCCGCAAAGCCAUUGAACAGUCUGAGCGACUCAAAAGGUUGACGCUGCUUGCGACGCUCUUCAUUCCCCUGGCUUUUAGUUCCAGCCUGUUGGGUAUGAAUAUUGAUCUCCUUGGGCAAAACGCAGUGAGAUUUUGGUGGUAUUUUGUCUUAUGUGUCCCAGUAACUCUGUUUGCUUAUAUUAUUUAUCUUUGGGACUUUCAGGUUCUCAGGCGGUGGUUGGUAAGACUAUGGAAAAGAUGUCGAGUUGUUAGGCGAGGUACGAUGGAAAGGAGUGACAAAAGUCCGAGUCAUAUUGUGUGAUGUAGUUGUUGCAAUCCUUGUCAUGACAUUGC